AUGAGACUUCCUGGGAACCAAGUUCACUUCGAUGAACACGACCCCAGUUCGGAAAAGGGCAGACAGGGGCUGAGGAGUUCCCUCAGUGGGCUGGACUACUCGCCCCUGCCCAGAGUCUCGCCACGAGUGCUCGGGAUGGGCGUCUUGGUUUCGAUGGGUGGACUCAUUUUUGGCUAUGACACGGGACAAAUCUCCGGCUUCCUCGAGAUGCCCGACUUUCUAGAACGAUUUGGCCAGCUGAAGGACGAUGGCACUCUCUACUUUUCUACCGUCCGCUCAGGACUCAUCGUCGCCUUGCUGUCCGCUGGUACACUCAUCGGCGCCCUUUUGGGAUCGCCCAUUGCCGACCGCAUUGGAAGAAAGAAGGCCAUCUCAUUCUGGUGCCUCGUUGUGUCCAUUGGGUUUGUGGUGCAGAUCGCAGCCGUCACAGCAUGGUACCAGGUCAUGAUUGGCCGUUUUAUUUCCGGCCUCGGUGUCGGUGGCCUCAGUCUCAUGGUGCCCAUGUACCAGGCGGAGACGGCCCCCUACUGGAUUCGCGGCGCUCUCGUCUGUGCGUACCAGCUCUUCAUCACCAUGGGCAUCUUCCUCGCGGCGUGCUUCAACUACGGCACUGUCACGCACAUGCCCAACAGCUCCGCGUGCUGGCGCAUCGUCAUUGGCCUCGGAUGGGUGUUCACCAUCGUCCUCGGCGUGGGCAUCCUGUUCUUCCCCGAAACUCCUCGAUACGACUACAAGGUCGGCAAGGCGGAGCGCGCCAAGCAGACGCUCUGCAAGGUCUACGCCGCCAAUAUGAACCACUGGUCCGUCUUCACCCAGGUAGAGGAGAUUGAGGCCAAGGUGCGCCUCGAACACAAGGUCAAGCAGUCCUCCUACAAGGAGUUUAUGGGCAUGUGGCAGGCGCCACGCAUGGCGUACCGCGUCCUCCUCGGCAUGACGCUGCAGAUGUUUCAGCAGCUCACCGGCGCCAACUACUUCUUCUACUACGGCACGACCAUCUUUCAGUCCGUGCAGAUCAACUCGUACAUUACCCAGAUCAUCCUCAACACCAUCAACUUCCUCGUCACCUUUUUGGGCCUGUACAUGGUCGAGCACUAUGGUCGUCGCAAGUCGCUCAUCUCGGGUGCACUGUGGAUGUUUGUCUGCUUCAUGAUCUUUGCGUCGGUGGGCCACUUUAGCCUUGAUCUUAAGAACCCGCAGAACACGCCUUCGGCGGGUAUCGCACUCAUCGUCUUUGCGAGCCUGUUCAUUCUCGGCUUCGCCACGACCUGGGGCCCUAUGAUCUGGACCAUCCAGGCCGAGAUCUUCCCGACCCGCUACCGUGCCAAGGGCAUGGCGCUCUCCACGGCGAGCAACUGGAUCUGGAACUUUUGCAUCGGAUUCUUCACGCCCUUCAUCACAAAGGAUAUCGACUUUCGAUACGGCUACGUCUUUGCGGGCUGCAACCUCUGUGCUGCCGGUAUCGUGUACUUCUUUGUCAUUGAGGGCCAGGGUCGAACGCUGGAGGAGAUUGACACCAUGUAUCUCGAGCGUGUCAUUCCAUGGAAGAGCAGCAAAUGGCAGCCACCCAGCGCUGAGGAGAUGGCUCGCAUCCGCCGUGCGGCCCAGACUGGUGAAGAAGUGGACGACGUCCUGGACGCCAACGGUGAGGUCACUGGCAGCGACGACGCACUCCGGGGAACAAACGACGCCAAGGAGGAGGGAAAUGGAACGAGCAACGGAAUUCUGAGCGGGGACACGGCCUCGCAUCAGGAGAAUGCUUAG